ACAAGUCUAUUUCAUCUCCACUGAGAAAACCAUCAACAAUUGCGUUUUAGGGUUUUGAAAAAAAAUCGACAAAGAUGUCGAUGUCGAAGAGUUCAAAGAUGCUUCAGUAUAUCAACUACAGAAUGAGAGUAACAAUCCAAGAUGGUCGUCAACUAGUAGGUAAGUUCAUGGCCUUUGAUAGACACAUGAAUCUUGUACUCGGUGAUUGUGAAGAGUUUCGUAAGCUUCCACCAGUUAAAGGUAAGAAAAACGAAGAAAGAGAAGAAAGAAGAACUUUAGGGUUACUUCUUCUUCGCGGUGAAGAAGUUGUUUCAAUGACUGUUGAAGGUCCGCCACCACCUGAAGAAUCUAGGGCUAAAGCUGCUGGUGCUGCUGCUAUGGUUGGUCCUGGUUUAGGUCGUGCUGCUGGUCGUGGUAUACCUACUGCUCCUCUUGUUCAAGCUCAACCUGGUUUAUCUGGACCUGUUCGCGGUGUUGGUGGACCAGCACCUGGUAUGAUGCAACCUCAGAUUAAUCGACCACCACAGCUUUCAGCUCCACCUAUGAAUUACCCACCAGUCAUUCGUCCACCUGGAUACCCUGGACAACCACCACAACAGAUGCAGAGAGGUCCUCCACCACCUAUGCAAGGGCAGUUUCCUGGAAGACCUGGUGGUCCUCCACCACAGUUUGGAAUGCCUCCACCACAGUAUGGACAGAGACCCAUGGUUCCUCCUCCUGGCAUGAUGAGAGGACCACCACCACCACCUCGUCCUGGAAUGCAGGGACCUCCUAGACCUGGAAUGCCUCCUCCACCUGGUGGUGCUAUUCCUGUUUUCGGCCCCCCACGUCCUGGAAUGCCACCACCACCCCCUAAUCAACAACAGCAAAAUCAGCAGCAAUGAGUUAGGAGUUCUGGUAUAGAGGAGAUUAGUUUGAGCUCAUCUGGUCAUAUGGCGGCUUAACAUUCAUUACAUAUCUUGGUGGAGGAUUUGUUGGUCAUAUGUCAAACUUAGAACUGAAUUUAAGAUCUGGUUCAAAACACAGUUUCCUUGAUUGUUGUUAUUAUUACUUUUCAGAGCUUAUACUACACCUUUCAGUAAUGUGUUAUAUUACCUCUUUAGAGGAAGAGAGGUGAUUAAGAACGUAGUUAUCAAUCUAGUCUUUUUGUAGUAUUGCUGUAUUGAUGUGAUUCCUGGUUUGUCUUUUGCUGUCAACUACAUUAAGGCUAGCUGUAGUGAAUAUAUCCUGCAGUUGUUACUGGAUUAUAUAUAUAUAUAAUUAUGAUGAGAAAUCUCGGUUCUCAGUUA